GUAAAGGCUCUACCAUACACAUCCGUUGUUUACUUCAGAGACAGAGAGACUGAAGAACAUCAUACCAAAGGACGUGAACCGAACCCUAGCCCGUACAAACCGAGGUUGCUGGUCGGUGCAUUCAAGAGUGAUUUGAUUUUAGUGCCUUCCGAAGAGAAAAAAAUUCAGUUGAAAAGGGAAUGGCGAACAGGUGGUGGGCUGAAAAUGCGGUGUUGAAUCCUAUGUCACUAACUUCUGCUCCAUCUCUCCACCUAAGAAACCCCGGUGAAGAUGAAAAUGCUGGAUUCAACCGCCUUGGACAGAGGCAGAGAGAGCAAGAAUUCAUGGAAACAACCACGAAUGCAUCGAAUAGCAGUGGGAGCAAUACCAAUACCAAUCUAAACCCUAGCUCCACGAACCAAAACCCUGAAGAUGGAGAUAACCGAGAUAACGAGCAUGAAGCUGAAGAUAGUCAGAACCCAACUGGAGAUCUCGAAAUGUCGGACCGGAGUGGCUCGGGCGGACGCCGAUCUAGAGGCAGACCACCUGGGUCCAAGAACAAGCCCAAACCACCAAUUGUGAUAACAAAAGAUAGUCCUAAUGCGCUUCGAAGUAAUGUCUUGGAAAUUAGCAGUGGCGGCGACAUUGCCGAGACGAUUUCAACCUUUGCACAGAGCCGCCGAUGCGGGGUCUCGGUUUUGAGUGGUAGUGGAGUUGUGACUAAUGUGACAUUGCGCCAGCCAGCUGCACCCGGCGGCGUGAUAGCGCUUUCUGGUCGAUUUGAGGUAUUGUCGUUAUCUGGGGCAUUCUUGCCGGCACCAUCUCCCCCAGGAGCCAACGGACUCGCGGUGUAUUUGGCAGGUCAUCAGGGCCAGGUGGUAGGCGGCACUGUGGUUGGUUCAUUGACAGCGUCGGGUCCCGUGAUGGUAAUUGCUGCCACAUUUACAAAUGCAACGUAUGAAAGAUUACCUCUGGAGGAGGAGCCGGUGGCGGCCGGUGAAGAAACGCAAUUGCAGCCAACUUCAGGAGUUAAUACUGGAACUACAAGUGGUGGCGCUACAGGAUCUCAGCCACAAGGCUUGGCGGCUGAUCCUCCAUCAUCCUCCAUGCCUUUAUAUAAUCUGCCACCAAAUUUGCUGCCCAACGGCCAGAUGCCGCCAGAUGUUUUCUGGGCUCCGCCACGUCCGCCCUCUUAUUGAGUACCAUUGGAAGGGUGGAAUGUCGAGAAGUAAUCGUUAAUACAUGGUAGUUUCUGUGACCCCUUUCGAAGUUCUUAGGAAUCAAGAGUCAAGGUUAGACUUUCUUGACGCUUUAGUAUUCCAUGUAAAUCACAUUUCUGUCUAGGUUUUUCAACUUUUGUGUUUUAUGACUAUGCAACUUAUGAGACUGCUUUUUGAUUUUCUUCCUCUGAGCUAAUGUUGCUGGAAUUCCCCAUGGCCA